GUUUGCUUCUUGCUGCUCCAAUGCCUUGAUGGCACGCAAGAUCUCGGGCACCGCCGCCCGGCACUCAAACCAGCCCAUCGAGAUGAGGAAGCCUGUGCAACGCGCUUCGAAGCCCGGCACGUGCAAAUCCACUUUGCAGCGUUUGAACAGCGGCAUUCACCUCGAUGAAGAACGCGACGAUGAAGAUCUGACGCCUUUGGAGUACGCUCGGAGAUACAAACUGGUCGCAAACCACCGUGCCCGCAAUCCCCUUCCUGCCGCUCGUGCGAGCCUGUCACAUGAUGAGUGCUCGGACGAAGACACCUCUUGCGAACACGAUAACGCGGUCAUCGGCGAGAAAUGGGCCGUGGACAGAGGCACUGCUCAGUUCCUUGCUUCAAUCAUAGCUUUGACCGAGACCAGCUGCAUGGUAGAGGCGGGUGAAGAUGACGGACUUGCCAAUCUUCGACUCACGGAGCCCCUUUUAUCGACCGACCCGGAGCUGGAGCUGGAGCGCUUACGAAGACGGCAGGUAGCAACUAUCAGCUCGCGAGGCAUGAAGCCAUUUGUUCUGCAGCCAGACAAGGGCCAGAGCUUCGCUUGGUCGCCCGCGGAGCAGCAAAUGCAACACCGAGCGAUUGAGGCUGUCAACGGCGAGAAACUCCAGAUUCACUCCGACACGCUGAAGUAUAUAAAAGAUUGCAUGGACCUGGCGUGCUCGAAUGAGGGAAAUGACUUCAUGAGUCUUCCAGAUCAAGCCACGGUCCAGGUUCUCCAAGCGAGGUCAUUGAGCCCGCCCCUGUUGCCGAUGUCCCCAGAUCUAGCCCCUCAGAUGCUUGAAGGAACUGCAGGCGAUAUGGUCUUCACAUCAACUCCUGAUGAUCAUACAGCGAUCGAAGCAGCAGACCUCGAGCGUCAGAUCAUGGAGCGGGAAUCUUGGUCGUCUCCAUACACAUCGCCUGUGAUUCCGUCCGAUCCAAGCCUAUCUACUCCAUUGCAAGGCGAAACACUUCACCGUCUCAAACUCGACUCUCCAUUUCUUCCUGCCGAGUCUCCAGAAGUUUCGCCGCCGGGCACGAUGGCUGUCGCUGUUCCAGCAACAUUGAGCACUCUUAUGCCGGAAGCCGACGACGAUAUACGACUGGAAGACCUGGACGAGGAUCUUGACGAUUUCAUCGCCAAUGUGACAAUGCCUUUCGCCGAAUGGGUGGUGCAGCAGACUGAAAACGAGCAGCUGGUGGAGAUCGAUACUACAAUGCGAGUCAAGGUUCCUCCUGUCGAUCAAGUCACGCUCUCUGCUCCCUGGAAGGCGACGCAGUAUGGAAACGAUUGGUUCAGAAACUUCAUCGUAAACGCAAUGGGCAAAGAUAUCAGCACCAGAUGGAGUGGUGUCUCGAAACUCGAACGUUCUCUACCGUGGAAAGCAUUCCCCUCGCGGUUGGGGAAGAUCGAGAACGACGAGAGUCUCGAUGAGACUGCGCUGACGGAGUAUCUAUCUCUCUUCACCUUCGAAGAUGAGCUUGAUGUCACAUCUCUCGUCCCCAAAAAGGGGGGGCUGCGAAUACUCGACAGUGAAGAUUCCGACUACGACGAGCUGGAAGCUGCAAGCAUAGACGUGGCAGAAGCAGACCCGCCGAUGUCUGUACCGCACACCCAAGUUCGGGCGAUACAGCCACCGCCACCGAACACAUUGACCGUCCGAAGCUCCGCGAAGCCCGAUGCUGUACGGAUGGACAUGCAGACAUUGUUGAAGAAGCGCAAACUCGAGCUCGAGAAGGCAGCAGAUCUCGAGCAUCGUGCUAAGCGGCUUGAAGUUGACACAACCCUCGACACAUCUUCAAGGCCCGACUUUGGAAUCACUACGACACGCGGUCCUCCGCCAUUGACUGGACUGUCAAGCUUUAUGCAGUUGCAAGGCCAGCGCUCGAGCAACACAAGCAAUGUGUCAGCCCUGCCGACGCCUGCUCCAAGACCGUGUGCACCAUUGGCAGUCAUGGUUGAAACUCAACACGACGAACCUCCAGCAGAUCAGACGAAGAGGCGGCAAUUCGCGAUGCCGGACAUCGAGUCACUCGGAGCAACCUCGAUAGUGGUGUCAGUGAAAUUCCUUCAGGACCGGCACGUGGCAAGGGCAGUGCAAGACCGUCUACCGAUGGUGGACUUUGUCGAGCGAACAAACCUCGGCCCAGCAGGCGAUUCGCGAGUGAUGAAAUAUGUACAGGAUGAAGAGGCAGACAUUACGAUAUCACCAAGUGUAGGAGUAGUCCUGACCACCGUCCAGAAGCUGAAGCAGAGAAGUCUACCCGGGCAGGGCAAUUUCUGGGGGGUUCGUGAGCGCAUCAGUGCAGUGGCACCACGAUACGAACAGGUCAUCGUUCUCGUGAGCGACAGCCGGCACAACGGAGAUGGGUUCGACAAGCAGAUGGCAGCGCAGCUGGAUGAAAAGGACGCAGAAGCGCUUGCAGAGUUGACCAUGUUCGGACAUCAACUGGGCAGCGACAUCGAAGUCUACUACAUUGCAGGAGGCGACGACGCACUCUCGACGUGGAUCGCAGCGGCCAUAUCUCGGCAUGCGACGCGAGGUGUAUCGUUGCAGGACGAGAGCUCGUCGGAGCGGUUCCUUCGCGUAGCCGGGUUGAACGCUUCCGCGGCUCAGGCAAUUCUCAGCGAGAUGCGGGUGCUGGGCAGUACUUGGCGCGGGCCUGGCGAGGAGGUGGUCUCUGAUGGUCUCGCGGCUUUCGUGCACAUGAGCUCUGCAGAGCGGAUUGAGCGGUUCGGGCAACUGAUGGGCGGCGAGCGCGUGCUGCGCAGAGUGAGCCGGUGCAUUGACGGGGGGUGGAAGGCUGCAUAUGCAAGGCCCGAGCAGCGUUUGGGAGACGUUGCCGCUGCCGAGUGGAUGUAAUCAUGUCGAUCUGAUCCAGCAUUCAUCAACC